CGGCCUCCAGGUGGGGGCGGUAGCGAGGGCGCUGCUGUUGGUUGUUGAUGCUGAGGAAGCGUCUCCUUCACUUCUGCAUCUGAGAGGAGGAGAGACAGGCACCGACUUCCUGUCAGCGCUGCGCUCGGCUGCCUGGCUGCCUCUCCGGGAGGCUUGUGGUUCUGCAGAGCGGCGGGAGGGACGCUUCUGUCGGCGGCGUAUGGGCCAGAGAGCGACGCCCGGGACCUCGGCGCGAUAAGGAACCGGCGCAGCGGGACGCGGAGCGCGCGCAGCCGUAGAUGCGGAUUGUUUACGCCGGUGGGCUCGGCUCCUCGUCCCGCGUCCCCGCCUCCCCGCGCCUCCGAGCGGCCGCCUCGGCUCAGCGGCGCCGCCGCAGAUAGCGCCCGUGGAGCGGGCUGAUGCCGGCCCUGGUGCUCGGCCCGGCCUUCAUCACCGCCUCCACCAUCAUCACCCUCCGCGCGUGCGUCCGCUAGAGAGCUACGAGGCGCCGCGCACGCUAGCGGAGACAGCAAGAGGAGGAGCCGGGUUCGGGUUCGGGCGCAGCGGCGCGCGGUGUCGGACGGAGUGGAUGAGCGGCGGGAGCGAACCCAGAGAUGGCUGUCCUCAAACUGGCCGAGCAGCCUCCUCUCAUCCAGGCGAUCUUCAGUGGAGACCCUGAGGAGAUCCGCAUGCUCAUAUACAAGUCUGAAGACAUCAAUGCUUUGGAUGCAGAGAAGCGAACCCCGCUGCAUGCAGCAGCCUUCCUGGGCGAUGCCGAGAUCACGGAGCUCCUCAUCCUGUCUGGGGCCCGGGUCAACGCCAAAGACAACAUGUGGCUCACGCCUCUUCAUCGCGCCGUGGCAUCUCGGAGCGAGGAGGCCGUGAGAGUUCUGAUCCGUCACUCGGCCGACGUGAACGCUCGGGACAAGAACUGGCAGACGCCGCUGCACGUGGCCGCGGCCAACAACUCCCUGCGAUGCGCCGAGGUCGUCAUCCCACUGCUGAGCAGCGUCAACGUGUCGGACCGCGGCGGGCGCACGGCGCUGCACCACGCCGCCCUCAACGGCCACGCCGAGAUGGUGAACCUGCUUCUGGCUAAAGGAGCCAACAUCAACGCCUUCGAUAAGAAGGACGGCCGCGCGCUGCACUGGGCAGCUUUCAUGGGUCAUCUGGAGGUGGUGCGUCUGCUGGUGAGUCAGGGAGCAGAGAUCAGCUGUAAGGACAAACGCGGCUACACCCCCCUCCAUGCCGCAGCCUCCAGCGGGCAGAUCGCUGUGGUGAAGCACCUGAUCAACCUGUCUGUGGAGAUCGACGAGUCCAACGCGUUCGGGAACACGGCGCUGCACCUGGCCUGCUUCAACGGCCAGGACGCCGUCGCCAACGAGCUCAUCGACUACGGCGCCAACGUCAGCCAGCCCAACAACAAGGGCUUCACCCCGCUGCACUUCGCCGCCGCCUCCACGCACGGAGCGCUGUGCCUGGAGCUGCUGGUCAACAACGGCGCCGACGUCAACGUGCAGAGUCGGGACGGGAAGAGUCCUCUUCACAUGACGGCGGUCCACGGUCGCUUCACCCGCUCCCAGACGCUCAUCCAGAACGGAGGGGAGAUCGACAGCGUGGACAAGGACGGCAACACGCCGCUGCACAUCGCCGCCCGCUACGGCCACGAGCUGCUCAUCAACACGCUCAUCACCAGCGGCGCCGACUCCACCAGGCGAGGGGUCCACGGCAUGUUCCCUCUGCACCUGGCGGCCCUGAACGCUCACGCCGACUGCUGCAGGAAGCUGCUGUCCUCAGGUCGGAGGUUUAGCAUAAUGUGUAACGACUCGGUCCUGUCCGCAGGCUUCCAGAUCGACACCCCCGACAGCCUGGGGAGGACCUGCCUGCACGCGGCUGCAGCCGGAGGCAACGUGGAGUGUGUGAAGCUGCUCCUGAGCAGCGGUGGAGACCACAACAGGAGGGACAACUGUGGCAGGACCCCGCUGCACUACGCGGCCGCCAGCCGUCACUACCAGUGUCUGGAGACUCUGGGGACCUGCGGCACUGCCAUGAACGCCACCGACCAGUGGGGGCGCUCUGCUCUGCACUACGCCGCCGCCUCGGACCUGGACCGGAGGCGCCGUGUUGCCUUGGAGCCUGAGAGUGAAGGCGUCCAGGCAGAGAGAGAGAAGGAGGCGGCGCUAUGUUUAGAGUUUCUGCUGCAGAGCGGAGCGACGGCUUCUCUGAAGGACAAACAGGGCUACAGCCCGGUCCACUACGCUGCAGCCUACGGACACAGACACUGUCUGGAGCUGCUGCUGGACCAGGACGACGGCCUCCAGGACCCUGAGUCUGCCAGCACCAGGAGCCCGCUGCACCUCGCUGCGUACCACGGCCACGCGCAGGCUCUGGAGGUGCUGCUGCAUGGGGAGAGGGAGGUGGACCAGCGGGACGAGGCGGGGAGGACCCCGCUGGCCCUGGCCGCCCUGCGUGGCCACUCAGACUGCGUCCACACGCUCCUCAGCCAGGGGGCGGCGCCGCGCACGGCCGACGCCCAGCUCGGACGCUCGCCGGUGCACCUGGCAGUGAUGAACGGUCACACGACGUGCGUGCGCCUCCUGCUGGACGAGCCGGACAGCGCCGACCUGGUGGACGCCGCGGACUCUCAGGGACAGACUCCUCUGAUGCUGGCGGUGGCGGGAGGCCACGUCGACGCCGUGUCCCUGCUGCUAGAGAGAGAAGCCGACGUCAAUGCGGCCGACAACCGCGGACUGACUGCCCUGCACCUCGGGCUGCUGUGUGGGCAGGAGGAGUGCAUCCAGUGUCUCCUGGAGCAGGAGGCCUCGGUUUUGAUCGGUGACUCUCAGGGUCGUACCCCCAUCCACCUGGCGGCGGCCCGAGGCCACGCCUCCUGGCUCAGCGAGCUGCUGAGCAUCGCCUGCUCUGAGCCGCCGUCGCUGCCGCCGCUGAGGGACCGCGCCGGCUACACGCCGCUGCACUGGGCCUGCUACUACGGUCAGGACGGCUGUGUGGAGGUUCUGCUGGAACAGAAGGGCUGUCGGCACAUUGAUGGGAACCCCUUCACUCCUCUGCACUGCGCUGUGAUCAAUGAUCACGAGGCCUGUGCUUCUCUGCUGCUGGAGGCGAUGGGCUCAGACAUCGCUGGCUGCAAAGACUCCAAGGGCAGGACUCCGCUUCACGCUGCCGCGUUUGCCGGACACGUCGACUGUCUCCAGCUGCUGCUUUCCCAUGAUGCAUCUGUCAACGCUGUGGACCAGUCGGGUCGCACUGCCCUGAUGAUGGCAGCGGGGAAGGGCAGGCUCGGGGCUCUGGAGGUGCUGUUGACCAGCGCCGCCCACAGUCUGACGGACAAAGACGGCAACACUGCCCUGCACCUCGCCUGCAGCAAUGGAAAGGAAGACUGUGUGUUGCUGAUCCUGGAGAAGCUGUCUGACACUGCACUCAUAAACGCCACCAACGCAGCUCUGCAGACUCCUCUCCACCUGGCGGCUCGUAGCGGACUGAAGGAAGCGGUCCAGGAGCUGCUGUCCCGCGGAGCCAACGUCCAGACAGUGGAUGAGAACGGUCUGACGCCUGCUCUGGCUUGUGCUCCUAGCAGAGAGGUGGCUGACUGUCUGGCUCUCAUUCUGGCUACCAUGAUGCCUUUCUGCUCCCCUUGCAGCUCCGGGGCUCCCUCCCCAGGCUCCCUCCUGAGGCAGCUGCCCCACCAGGGCGGCGCUAAAGGCUCUGGACUCGGGCCUGGACCUUGCCCCGGACCACGGGGCCCUCGCAGCCCCAGGAACCCCUCCGGACCCUCCAGCGAGGGGACCACAGAGAACGACUCGGAGGACUCGGAGACCUUCUGACCCCUCCGAGCCAACUCUCUACCCUCCUACCUCCAAGUGUGCGCCCGAACAUUUUCCUGCCCCCCUCAAGGAACGACGACACAUUUCCGUGGAAAUGUGCACUUUUUAGGCAGAAGGGCAGAGAUUGGUUUGUGACCAGAGCAAAGUGUUCAAAGUUAAAUUAAUCAAACAUUAAUCACAAAUCAAAACUCACAAAUUGAAACAUUCAAUAAUUUCAUCAACUUCAUAGAACUAAGUGAAAUAAACAUAUUAUUCAACUAAAUUAACUUAUUGGUUUGUAAAAAGAAUUCAAAGUCAGACCUUUGGUUUGAUUUAAGGAGCUAAAAUUUAUUUAAUGUAUUAACUGAUUUAUUUUGCAGCAGGUUAAAAACUGGAGUAAACCUUAGAUUCCACUUUGCUAAUUUACCGUUGAACACUGGCUCCUCGUCACUCCCUCCGUCCACCAGGCUGCAGGCCCAAACAAAUAAGAAGAAGCUGCGCUGGAUCCGAGGAUGCGGCUGAACAGUAGUUUGUUCUGGACCCGCUGGGGUUCAGGCGUUUGCAUGUUUGUGUAAACUCACAAUUCAUUCUUUUUACUCACGGGUGCUUCGAUCCAAACCGACCUCGGUAUUUAAGUCUCAGAAGGACUCAGCAACUCGCCUCUCGAGACUCUUACAGAAAAAAGCCAUUUUAACUGUUUGUACAAAACGAUGUAGACCAAGACAGAGUGUGAUUUUAACAUUUGUAUCAUUUAUGGCUUGUUGUCAUACCAAAUAUUUGACUGUCACGUUCCUGUGUAUCAAAUGGCACAGAGCUUGUUUUUAUCUGUUGACAACUGAAGCACAAAUUAGGAAAUUGCCGUCGCCUGCGGCUUGAAUGUGAAUCACGCAGCCUGUAGAGCAUCGAGGACUAAGACGGGUCCCCGGUACGUCUGCAGACUUCGGCUGAAGACGCUGAAGUAAGCGCUUCACGCCUACAGUACACGACAGGUUUGUUCUGACUGACCUGGCUCAGCCACACGUGAGGAUCACACCACGUGCAGUAGCCGCUGAUGCAGCUGGAUGUUGUCCCGCGGCCCUGAAGGCCUCCCUGCACUGUCCUGACUCCCUACAGAGGAGCGGCCCUAAAGGUUUACUCACAAGCUCAAAUUCUAGUGAUGAAAAACUUGUUACUCGCUAUUUAUGAUCCAUUACAUGAUGGUACAGAAACAACCAGCACUUGACCACUUCCUCCUCGUCCUCCGUGUUCCUACCACGAUGUGUGCCAUUGUCUGAAACGCGUCCAGUGCCUUGAUGUCGAACUUUUUUCACAUAGUGUUUCUAGAUUCUAAUGUCCUUGAGAGUUUGAAGGAUCCGUUCACCUAAAAGCACAGUAGCUACAGUGAGUGAGUCUAAAACCUAGAGCUACGACAUUCACCCGUUUCAUCAGGGAAUGAAAGCAACAGAAGGAAUCUGCUGAAUCUGUAGACUCUGAGCUCUUGGAACGUUUCAGCAUUUGUGUAGGUUUUGUGCCUUGGGUGAACAGAUUCUUUAUUAUGCUGAGCAUAGUUUUGGCGAUUAUGUAACAUUGGAUAAAACGUUUGAGAGAAUCUGCAUGAAUGUUCUGCAGAGGUUUUUGUGUGAACUGUUUGUCGCUCCACUGGUGAUAUGCAAGAAAAGGAGGUGAAGACCAGAAGCAUGUGUGCGUCUGUCUGGAGACUCCGGCUUCCAGCCUCCAGCCUCAUUCAGCCUGAAUAAAUACAACAGAGCCGCUUUAGUGUGGUUCAGGGCUCCGUGGCUUUUAGCCUACAUUAUUCCAAUUAGAGCUCAUGGUGUUUGCUGGAGACUGAGCUGAGGAGCAGGUUUACAGACCUCAGAUUGCUGGUUUUGGUCUUUACAGAGAAAAACAAUAUUACCAGUGCUGUCUUUAAUUUGGUUGAGUGCGUCAGCAUAGGUACUGAUAUGAAACUAAACUGCUUUUGUACAUAUUAACCUAAAAAAAGAACAACUCAUCAGAGGUUUAAACAAAUAAAAAAAUGUUUUUUUAUUCAAUCUCCUACAAUGGUUUGAAAGUGUGUAUAUUAACGGUUUUAUCUUCCAAUGAAGCCUGAUAAGCACACGUUGCCAGUCUGCCAGUAUUAUCGCUCAGUCCUGACAAUCGCGGCCGUCAUGCGUCUGAUGAUUUUCAUAGCAGUUCCUGAUGCAGUACGACUUGCUGAGGGCUUUCUGUCAGCUACCUGUUUGUUUUAUAUGAAUCAUGCUACUAUAAAAAGAAAUCUGUUAAGUUCC